UUACGUUAAUAGUAUAGCUAUGUAUGCCAAAUAAAAGUGCGUCUUUUUUCAUCAAUGUAAUAACCCCAACCAAUCACCGGCGACACGCACGAACACGUGAUCCCGGAACAAAACGCGUUCCGGAACUGAUUUUAUGCUGCACACCAGUCGGUAUACAAUGAGUGUUACACUGGUUAAACGUAAAUCAAAUUGUCGUAUAAUGCAAACAUUUUACAAGUGACACAUCUCUAAAUACACAAAGUAAAUUUGUAUAAUGAUAACGCGAUGUUUGGACUAAGGAGUAGUAAACACGCUGCUGACAGCUCUCUGCUGCUAUUAAAACUGGUGUAUAAAAUCCCAUGGCUGUGCACACCAUUGCGAACUCUGGUGGAUAUAUGGCCACAGCUCACAAAACGUGAGGUGAUGUCAGAGCUGAGUAGGACCUCGGUGCUGAUGAGGGAGCGCCACCAAGUGGAGGAAACGCUGGACGCCAUGCAAAUCGCCGGUUCCACCAGCCUGCAUGUUAUUUCUGACUUUGACAUGACACUCACCAGAUUUGCCCACAACGGCAAAAGAGUUCCUACAACUCACAACAUUCUGGACAACAGGCUAUUGGUUGAUGAAGACGGUGGCAAAAAGAUGAGGGAGCUGUUACACACUUAUUAUCCCAUUGAGAUUGAUGUUAGCCGGACUGUUGAAGAGAAGCUGCCCUUCAUGGUGGAGUGGUGGACAAAGGUUCACCACCUGCUAGUGGAACAGAAAAUCAGGAAGGACCUCUUGGCUCCGGCUGUCAGGGAGUCCACAUCCGACACCGCCAUACUCAGGGAUGGCUACCAGGUGUUUUUUGACCAUCUGGCCCAUCGCAACGUCCCUCUUCUCAUCUUUUCCGGCGGUGUCGGGGAUGUGCUAGAGGAAGUGAUCCGACAGUACGGCGUCUUCCAUCCCAACAUUCACAUCAUUGCCAACUACAUGGACUUUGACCAUGCCGGUGUCCUGCGGGCCUUCAAGGGUGACCUGAUCCACACGUUCAACAAGCGUGAGAGCGCUUUGUCACACGUUGCCCGCUUCCCCGAACUACAGGGCCGCCGCAGCGUGCUGCUGCUGGGAGACUCCCUGGGUGACCUCAACAUGGCGGCCGGCGUGCCCGAGCCUCGCCGCCUCCUCACCGUGGGUUUCCUUAACGACCAGGUGGAUGCAAGGAGGGAGUCGUACGUCAACUCUUUUGACAUCGUCGUGCUGGCCCCGGACGACACGAUGGACGUCCCCAACGCCAUCCUCAGGUUUGUGAUGUCAUCAGGAGACGAUAAUUGAAGCUGAUGUGAGAUGGGAGCUCAAACCACAUGUUUGCACCUUUUAUGGAAAUCUUGCGUUACCACGGUGACAGAAAUUGCAUCUGUAUUGGCAGCGCUUGACCUUUUCCACAUUUUAUUGUUAUAGCCUGGGAACAUGAUGAACUUGGUCUCCAUUUUGCGCUUUUUGACAAGUACUGUGAAUAUAUGAUUUUGGAAAUGUUUUACAUUAUUGUCACAGUUGUGAUGAAGUGGAAUUGAAUUUUGAGAAAAAGCAUCCAUUUUUGGAAUAUGGCUGCAAUAUAACAAAAUGUGGAAAGGUUGAAAGCACUUUCUGAAUCCAAUGUGUGUUAUAUUUAAAUUGUGGCUGCGCAUGUAAUGUCAGCAAGGAUAAAAUGCAUCUCAAAUAGGAUUUUGUUCCUGAAGCUCAGAAUGAGUUAUACAUCAGUGUUACUGUACAAGCAUCCGCCGGUGCUAUGUUUUGACUAGUUAUGUUUGUGUUGUUGACCUCUCUUGACUGGCCAUUAACUUGAGAGUUUCUAACUCAGUUGUCCGCUACUUUUUGGCUUCCAAUUUUGCUUGACACAUUAGGUACACCCUCACCGUCACUGCAUCGACUCCAGCUGAUGUAUUUUACACCAAGUGAGAAUCUGGUAGCAAUAAAAAAAUGAAUUACCUGAAUAUGAAACUGAAUCAGAAGUAGUCAGCUAUUGGGAAUGGAAAGUUCAAUGAAAACAUCAAAUCAUAUUAGGAAUAAUAGAGUGAAUUCCAAAUCGGGCGGUAAUUGGAGAAGAAAAUUGAAUAGGAAUUCACAUUUGAAUAGAACUGAAUCAAAUAGAAUUGUCAUUGUGCAACAUGUUGCAGUAAACAUUGAUUCAACACUCGUGUCAAAUUGCCAGGAGAUAGUGAAGGUGUACCUAAUAGAGUGGUAGAUGCUCCAAUACACUCCACCUAUAUAUUUAGCUGUUCCCAUUUUAUUUAUUGCAAACUUGAAUUACAAAAAAUAUAUGAAAAACUGAGCAUUAAGGCGCAAUUGUAAUCUCAUGUUCAUAAUCUCAAAAUAUGCAUCACCAAAUUAAAAAAACAAAGGUUUUGUACAUGAAGAUAAAAGCCGUUUUCUUAGUGCAACCUUAUUGAUUGUGGGGUUAUGUUAUGUUUAAAAUCAAUUCCAUUCGAAUGGUUUGACUUUUAAUGCGUCUCAAAAAGGACAUUUCAAAUCAUGUAACUUUUACGGUGCUUGUUUUCUUCUGAAACAAAAAAGCCUGUCAACACAGAAGAAGACACACCCAAAAAAACCAAACAAAAAAGUCUGUCGUGUGCCCUUAACGUGUGUCCCUGAGACGACCAGAGGAAAGGCGGCGGCGCCACCUAUCACAGCUCGUCGUGCUGCUCCCGCUCGUUGUCCUCAUCCACCUUCAAUUUGAGCUCUUCGGCUGUGAUUUGGCCGUCCUUGUUUCGGUCCUGAUUGGCGAACAUGUCGGCGAUCACCUGAUCUGCCGCUAUCCCGGGCUUUAGGCGACCUUUGCCCUCCGACACCUGCAGCUUGAUGAAUUCGGCAAACUGCGGAAACGCCGCGCAGGAGCUAUGUGAGACUGAGGCGUUCACUCUUCUACUUCACAAAUAUAAACUAGUCAGGUGCAUUCAGCAUUGGGAUGUCAUUUUUAGUCUACAGGAAG